AUGCAGCUGCUGGCCCUGCAGGUGCAGAGACAGGAGGCCCCCUCCUAUACUACCACUGCAGCAGCAGCAGCAGCAGCAGCAGCAGCAGCAGCAGCAGGAGCAGCAGGGGGGCAUCUGCAGCAGCAGACAGUCGGGCUUGAGUCUCUGUUGGGGGUGUUGACCCCACACCCCACACCUCAUCAGCUGCUGCAGGCGUUCACUCGUCUCCUUGUGUUGCAAUACAGCGCACACAGGAGACACCGGGUGGAGUUUAGUAGUAGUAGCCAGAGGAGACAGCAGCAGGGCAAUGGGGGCGAGCUGCUGCCGUCUCCUACAUAUGGAGAAGAGAAUCUCCAUAGAGUAGGCACAGCCUCUUCUCUGUCUCCUCCGUCUCCUUCUCCGCACAGUGCUAGCAGCUCAACCAGCCCCACAAACUCAGAUGUCUCCUCAGACUCUGCAUGCAGCGAGUGGACAGAGUCUGGGUGUCUCUGGUGUAUAGCGAGGAGACUGUUGACAGAGGGGGAGCUGCUGAGGCUGUAUAUAGAGAGAGUUAAGUGGGCCUGUCGUCUGCGCCUGUCUCCUUCUCUCAGCUCUUUGAGGCCCCCACACUGGCUCUUACACCCCGAGGAGACAGCAGCAAUACCUAUACAGAGACACCUCAGUAUACCACAAGCAGAUGUUUUCUUAUAUUCUUAG